AUGGUGCCGACCGACAGCGAGGACGCGCUGGCCAAGGCCGUGGCGAACCAGCCGGUGUCCGUAGCCAUCGACGCGGGCGGCCAGGCGUUCCAGUUCUACUCGGAGGGCGUGUUCACCGGCAACUACGGCACGGACCUGGACCAUGGCGUCGCGGCGGUCGGCUACGGCGUCAGCGACGACGGCACGGCCUACUGGAUCGUCACCGGCCUCUGCGGCUACAUCCGGAUGCAGCGCGGCACCGGCAACGGCGGCCUCUGCGGCAUCGCCAUGGAGGCAUCCUUCCCCAUCAAGACCUCGCCCAACCCGGCGUGCAAGCCCCGACGCGCGCUCAUCUCCGUGCCCGCCAUUGCUGCGCUCUGCUGUGGUUGGAGGUGGUGGUGGUGUUCGUGCUUGUCAGAAGAAGAGAUGGUGUCCGUGCCCGCCAAAUGCUCGAUGGAAUGCCCCAAUGAAAGAGUGCAGAGUAACUCUACCUUAUGUUGGUGCAAGGUGACCACGACUGGUAGUCCAGCCAAACAAACACAAUCCGGCUUGAGACUGGCUCUACUGAAAAGUGGAGCCAAACAGCAGGUGUUGCACCUGCUGGGCCUGUCCUAUGGUGGCCUGGCUCUCCUGGACCGGCCAGGCUGGAAACGUCCAGGGAACAAACACGCCCUAAGCGUCUCCCUCCCGGUCGAUCAUACGGUACUUUCAGUUGCGUCAGACACCCCUCCAUCAUUUCCAAACGAAAAGGGUAAAAAGCUCAAUGAAUGA